CUUGACUGAACAUGGCCGACAUAAUCUGGCAAAGAACCUUUUCCAGGGUGGUGGAGGAGCAUGGAAUCCCUGAUGAUUGGAGUCUGUUUCAGGAUGCUGAACUUAAUAAAGAGGAAGGAUGGCUGUGUUAUGAUCAAACAACAUUUGGCAGUUUCCGUUGCUCAAACUGUAGACGUUUCUGGCACUCUGCUGAGAUUAGCAUCAUGUUCCUCUUGCAACAAAACAGAUGGAACAGAUCUGGCAGAGUGAGGAUGAGAAUCUUCAGGCAACAAUGUAGUCAGUGUGAAUAUCCGAUAAUGGAAACUCCUAAUAUUCAAAUCAAAAACGUUGAAAGAGUUGUUAGGAAUCUGGCAAACAAAAUUUGCAGAACAUACUAUGGAGCACCUACUGGAACAGAAGACCUGAAGUCUAUAGCCAAUGUAAAAGCAGAUGGUCCUCAUGACAAAGAGAACUGUGAAGCUUGUCAAGGCGGCAUAUGCGAAGAGAAAGGAUUUGGGUCAGCUGGUGUUAUUGUUGGCGCUGUUGCUGUUGCUGCUGCUUUGGGAAUUGGAGCUCUAUUUGCUUUUUCACAAGAAAAAAAGCAAAAGAAAUAAGUUGAAAAUCUUACAUGAUUGGAUUCUAAUAAUUGAAGUAAUUAGAAUAGCUAUUCCACAAUUACCAAUAUUAGUGCUAAGAGUGGU